CUCUUUCCCUCACACAUACAACAAACCCAAAGUCACCCCACACCACAGCGAUGCCGUCGUCGACGCAGUCCUUGACCGUCGCAGCGAAGACGCUACGCAACCGGAUCCUCUCCCGAUCUGGAUCCACAUCCGCCGGGCCGAGCCGAUGGGCGACGCCUGGCCACGAAGAACGCCCCAAAGGCUUCUUCAUGAACCGCACUCCUCCGCCACCGGGACAAUCGCGGAAAUGGGAAGAUUGGGAGCUUCCUUGCUACAUCACGAGCUUCCUCACGAUCGUCAUCCUCGGCGUGGGGCUGAACGCGAAGCCUGAUCUUUCGAUCGAGACUUGGGCUCAUCAGAAGGCCCUAGAAAGGCUCGAGAUGGAGAGGCUCGGAGAUUCGUCCGAUUGAGGUUUUUAGGGUUUCCUGAAGAAGAAGUUUGGUUUCAGUGUGUUUUGUGGAUAAUGAUGAAAUAAGUGUUUGUUUUUAACUGUUUAGACUCAUAAUAAUUCUCAAAGUUGAUCACUUUUGAGUUUGCUUUGUUUUGAAUUUUGGAUUAACAUCUGCAAUUUGAUUUGGUAUUUUUUUUGUUUCUGAA